AUGAUCGACCAUGGCAGGUCUGGACCUCAGAGGGCUAUCAAGUCGUGCUUCCUCCCACAAAAGUUCAUGUUGCCUUGGUAUACGUUCAAGCCGUUUGAUCCUUCGAAGGUGGAUUAUGUCAACCAGGUUAUUCUCCGUGACUUGAACAAGAAUAUGACGAAAAUUUUCCCAGCCAUGAGAGACGAGAUUGAUAUUGCGCUCUCGAUGGACCUCCCUACUUCUACAGACUGGUCUGAAGUCGACCUGUCCGCACAAUUGCUUCGACUCAUCUGUCGCGUCAGCGGAAGAGCUUUCGUUGGAUCCGAACUGUAUGGUAACGAGCAAUGGAUUGACAUUUGUUGCAAGCUGCACCAGUAUACCAAAGACGUCUUCUUAUCCGCUCUCAAAUUACGCGCAGUGCCAUCCUUCCUCCGUCCACUUGCCGCCAUGCUGAUACCUGAUCUCUAUCGAGUCUACAAACAUCACGAUCGUGCUCGAAAUCUGAUUCAGCCAAUCCUGCAACAGCGGGAGCAGGAUGCCGAGAAUGUGGCCAGAUACGCCAAACCUAACGAUACAAUACAAUGGAUGCAUGAUCUGCUUCCUGAGGAGGACAAGAAGGAUUGUGCUCUCCAAGGCGCUCUCCAGCUAGCUAUCACAGCGGUUUCGGUACAGUCUACGAGUAAGCUGAUUGUCAACAUCAUGCUAAACCUGAUGAAACAUAUCGAGUAUGUGCCGAUUCUCAUUGAAGAAAUCCAGCCGGUACUGGCGGGAUGCAAUGGCGAAUGGACCUUAGAGAGUAUGACUCACUUAGAAAAGCUUGAUAGCUUCAUGAGAGAGUCACUGAGAUACGAGCCUCCAUUGACUGCAACAUUUCAACGUCGAGUCAAGAAGCCAAUCAACUUGUCCGACGGUACUACUUUACCACAGAAUACGUUGGUGCUAGCACCUGCCGAUGCCAUCGCCUUCGACGCAAAUUUAUACCCAAAUCCAGGUCAAUUCGAUGGGUUGCGGUUCUACAAAUUGCGGCAGCAGGCGGAUGGGGGUGGGAAGGCGGCAGACAAAGUCCGGCACCAAUUCGUCGCAACUAAUAAGACUCAAGUGCAAUUCGGGCUGGGAAGGCACGCCUGUCCGGGAAGGUGGUUUGCUGGUCAUGUCAUAAAGAUGGUCGUGGCGUCGGUGCUAUUGAAAUAUGACCUAAAGUUUAAGGACGGCGAAGAAAGGCCAGAGACCUUUCUCUUUCAGACGACUAACAUGCCGCACCCAAAGACGAGGAUUCUCGUGAGGAGAAGGACAGACUAG